UCGAAUCGAGCACCAGCGGAAAUAUCGCCGGUGACCUGGGGCGUCCAAUUGCCAUUCUCCAAGCGUAAAACCAACUGCCCUAGCCGCGAUGGAUAAGACUCGUGAUGCUCAGCCCGUAGGCAUCAAUCCAGCCAGCAGACCUGCUCGUCAGGACGAGUUGGAAGCCAGAAGCCCGGAAGCCAGAAGACCAGCUACACCAGCAGGAUCGUCAUCGUCGUCGUCAGGUAAGAUCACGAGCUCAUCUUCUUCACUCUCCCCCACGACCCCGGAGUUUUGCCGUGUACUGGAGGCACCAAUACUAAGGAAAUAUUCCUAUGCCAUUUGGGGGUUUCCGUUUCGCCUUUGUUUUUCCUGGAGAGACGAAGGGAGAAGCCAACACAAUCUCAGUGUUACUCGUGCCCUACUCCUUCCCCCGAUGCUAUUCCCAUUCUUUCGUUCAUGCAGUCGAAGGUCAUCUGCUCAGCACACCGUGCUCAACAAGCAGCAACAUCCAGGAUUAUGUCCCAGCGAUUGAUGAGUUGUCAGUCAUACCCCCGCGCCCCCAGCGGCCCCAGCCUCACCCGCCCCGCUCGACGAGAUCAUCUCGAGACGCCACAUCCAAUCUGGUCCUGGAUGGUGGCGGCCCGAGUCCGGGUCUGUCGAAGGCGACUGCUGCACCACCACCCCCCAGACAAGGCGGCAAGAAUAGCUCGAUGCCUCCGGAACAGACGAGAUCACCGCAUCGAGGCCCCGGAACCGACAAGGCAAUCGCGUCGCCCGGUCGUGUGCGCCGCUGUCGUUUUUACAGGACUCCUGGAGGUUGCCGAAAGGGACCAUCAUGCCCAUAUCUCCACGAAACCCUGCCCCAGCCAUCAACAGGCGGGAACGUCAAAGGGGGUCCAUCUUCCACAGCAGCAACCUCAGCCGCAGGGCAGACGUCUUCGGAAGACACUGCAUCUUCUUUCCCUGCUAGAAAAAAGACAAGUGCAGUGCAGCCUAGAAAUGUAGUAACACGUCCCGUCCCGAACUUGCAGGUUACAGAACCUCGCGAGUUUGAGAUUGCCCAGCUGCAGCGCCGAUUUAAGAUCCAGGACGAUGCCGUGCAGGAAGCAGCAGAUGGGACGACGCUGAUGUUUAGCAUACAGCCUAGCGAUCCCGACUUUCCUUAUGACCUGGAAGCAUUGGAGUGUAGCCUCAAUGUACCAGGGACAUACAGGUCAAAGAACGCUGCUGUCACGACCUCUCAUCCAAAUCUUCGCGUUCUGAACAAGGAAUUGGGUAGAGGCUUCCAGAUCAAUCUCGAAAAGGGAUUCGAUGCACUGGUAGCUGGUAGUCCGAAACUAACGUUGCUCCAAUUGAUGAACACGUUCGACAGAAGCUUGGAGUCGCUGCUGGGAGCUAAGAAAGCGGAAACAUUCAAACUCGUCGUCAAUCGAGUAAGGAACGACGGCCCAUCCUAUUCCGCCCCAGGUAUUUAUAGUCCUGAGCUGCCAAUUUCUGAGCAAGCUGCUGGUAUUUCCGACGUUGGUGAGGUUGUAGUAUUGGCACCCGAACCAACCUUUUCCCCUGAACAGUUGAAGCAUGCGUCGAGGAGACGAACGCAGGAGCUCCGGCAACUGGAAGCACGCAUGGGACGUCUUCCCCUAUUCUCUAAAUUUUCUGACGGGGUCACUUUUAUUGUUCCAAUCGAACCAAGCCGUCGCAAUGCCCUUCCAGAGUCUCUCAAAAGUGUCAAGAAAAUCACUCUAAUUGUCCCCCAUCUGUAUCCUUUGCAGCCCUGCCGCCUGGAACUUUCUGAUCUUGCGGAUCCAAAUGCGGCUUCUUUGGCAAAUUCUUUCAUCGAGAGGGUGACGCAGAACCCCGACCUCUCUAUUAUGAAUCACUUGAAUUACCUGGCCCAAAACAUCCAUUCGAUGGCAAUACCUACCGUUGAGGAACAACAGCCAGACGAGUCGCGAAAGCCUCAACCGAUUAGCGAAGGCGAUUGGAUACCUAUCAGUGUCGAGCCGCCUGAAGGAAACACUGAGCAAGCCAUCCCCAUUCAAGACCGCGAGCAUAUCAUUACAAUUCCACGACCUCCUGAAUGGUCCGUUCUCCGGGACGAACAGUCCGACAGCGACUACUCUGACAGCUACGACUCCGAAUCCGAUACCCCUGACCCCGACAAUAACGAUCAAGGGACCUCUAGUACGCUUCGCGAGCGUGGCAUCAUGAUCUCCUUCCCCGGCCUCGAACUUCAUGGAAUCGAACUGCUUGAGCUGACAUCAUUAAGCCUCGUCAUCCGCUGCGAACGUUGCAAAGAUUCCAUUGAUGUUAUCAAACUUCGCGACAGCUCAAUGGACACGAGUGCCGCUAAAUCGGAGCGAUGUAAGAAGUGCGGAAGCAGCAUCGACUUGAGUUGGCGGAAAGACUUUCUGCAUUCGAACUCUGUCCGAGCAGGCUACCUUGAUAUUGAGGGAGGAAGUCCCGUCGAGCUGCUGCCAAGUAAUUUUGUGCCAACCUGCUCCGAGUGCUCGACUGCAUUUCUAGCACCAGGACUGAUCAGCGUUCGAGGCCAGAGUUCGAUGGCAAACUGUAGGAAUUGCCAUCAACAUAUGUCGUUUCGAAUCCCGGAGGUGAAGAUGUUGAGGACAAGCGGCCUGGCAGUGCGAGUGUCGAGAGGUCCAGUGGCGAGGAGGGCCAAGGAGAAGUUAGGAAUUGUCACUGGCGAAGAACUACCGCGACGAGGACGUUGCAAACAUUACGGGAAGUCAUAUCGAUGGUUCAGAUUCUCGUGCUGCUCAAAGGUAUUUCCGUGUGACAAAUGUCACGAUGAGGUGUCUGACCACCCGAAUGAACAUGCGAACCGAAUGAUUUGUGGAUUCUGCUCUCGUGAACAGAAUUAUCGUACGGAAGACUGUGUCGUCUGUCACGGGAAUUUGGUCGGCAGUAAGCGGGGGACUGGCUUUUGGGAAGGUGGAAGGCAAGUGCUCCCGUUUUCUUUAUCCUUCAAUCUUGAAUCAUGGAUCCCGCCAUGAUGUACUCCUUCAAAACGGAACUAUCUCUGUCGUAAUGAUCCCCGCCGUGGCGUUAUUUUGACUCUCUGGUCCCCUGAUCCACAGGCCAUGGGCGUCUACUGACGAGGGACGUAUUGGCGAUACCACAAGGAUGCUCGGGUUCAACGGAGCGUAUAAAGAACACAGGCCGUAUCAUUCUUGGCGUUGGCCGUAGUGGAUGCGUAUCAAUAUUGAUCAGGAACAACCCCCUCCCACUCCUUCACACCCUCCGUACCUAAGGCAUCAUUCAACUGAGACAUACUCGCGGACCGACCGUUUUCGCUCUUCCUCCGAUGUCCAGAUCCGCUGGGUACCUCGGCUUACAGGGCUAGAAUACG